AGGGCGAUGUCGGUGUCGUGUCGCUGCCGCUGUGCUGAGGGCGGGCACGGGCGCGACUGUCUGCCGGUGUACCUGCCGCACGUGGACGGGUGCAACCGCACGCCUGUCCUGCCGCUGCUGAGCCACACGGCGACGCUGACGGAGACGCGCAGCCUGACGCCAACGUGGACGCCGAGCCUGAGCAGGACGCAUUACGGGUCGACGGAGACCCUGCAAGUGACGGAGACGGUGGCGCUGCCGCCCACGCGGACCCCGACGGCGUCGGUGAGCAGCACGCUGUGGUGGAGCGAUGUGGCGUGCCCGACGCUCGCCGUGACGACGACGGCGGCUGGUGGGAGCCUGACGCAGAGCGACAUCCGCGGCGGUGGGAGCGCCUUCCCGACAUGGCUGAUGGUGGCGCUGCCACCGCCGUUUCGGUGGGCACGCGACCCGAAGAUCGGCACGCACCUGAGCUUCGUGCCGGUGUCGACGGCGCAGCCGAGCGGGUUUGGUGGUCCGUGGGGAGCGAUGCUGCGCAACGCGACGUGGAUGCGCAACGCGACGAAUCCGUCCACCGUCCUGGGGCUGGCUGUGCCCGUGCACCGCGGUUACUUCAUUGCUGCCGACGAGACGAUAGUUAUUCGCUGCGACGCUGUGGCGGUUUUCGGCGGCUGCAAGGGUGUGCUGCUUGGGUCCUUCACGAUCAGGUCGAACACGUUGCCCGCUGCUGCCAGCGCCCUCUCGGCGAUCACCGGCGUUGUUGCGGGUGCGGCGGCUGUUGCCAUGGUGGUGACCGGCGGGCUGGGCUCCAUCCUGGAGAUGCAGGCACUUGGCGUGUUUGCGAGGAUGUCAUGUGCCUCGUCGCAGGAGCGUGCGAGCACCGUUGCGCUGCAGUACUUCCUGUCGGUGUUCGCUGCCCGUGACCCGCUGUGGAUGGUGUUGGGCAACGCGCUGCUCGCCGCUGUGUUCGGGUGCGUGCACUGCGGUGUGACGGCGGCCUUCCAGCGGUGGCGCGGCGUGGACGCGGCGAGUGCGUGGGCGGCGAUGCGCUUCCCGAGCCUGACGUACGUUGUGGCGCACGCGAUGCAUCUCGGCAUAUUCUUUGGCUCCGUGCUCGCACUGGCGAUGCCCGACGCCCGCGUGCAGCACUGCGUGAUUGGUGUCGUUGGCGUGCUGUACGGUGUGGCGUUCCCUGCUGGUGUGUGCUACUUGAUUGCCCGCCACACGGGCGCGAGCUUCACGAAGUACUGGCAGUUUUUGAGGAAGCCGCUGCACGAGCGCCUGCUGUACCCCGUCGGGUAUUGGCACCCUGCGGCGCAGCAGCGGAUGUACGGCGGCAUGCUGACGAACAUGAGGGGCAGUUACGUGUACUGGUGCGUGUUCCAGCUGUCGGCGCUGUGCGUGGUGGGUCUGAUUGCUGCUGUGCAACCGUCCGUGGGAGGCUGCCACGUCCAGUACUUCUGCAUGGCUGCUGUGCUGAUUGCGGGCGCGGGCGUGGUUGCCUUCACGAACAUGAUGCGCUCGGCCUUCCUGACGGUGAUGCACACUGCGAGCUUUGUGCUCCUUUCGGCGCUGUGCGUGAUCAGCGCGGCCAACCAUCUUGCGCCGAGCGACGGCGGUGCGAGGGCGUACGUGGCUAUCGUGCUGCUGCUGACCAUUGUGCUGCUUGCGAUCACUGUGUACAGCGUCAUUGUGUGGUACUUGGAGGACCGCCACUGGCAGGAGCUGC